AUGGCUGACACAUUCUCCAAUAGCAAGGACUUUUACUCCUUUCAACAAAAAUAACUUACAGUUCAAAAACCAUAAGCACUUCGUUUGGAACAUUGGUCUAUCUCACAAAGAACUAAAUUUCAAUCUAUCAAAUACAGAACGAAUUCUGAGAUCCUGACUGCUUUUAUCAAUAAAGGACUACUGUAGACCUAAUAAAAAGAAUCGUCCUAGAAACAUUAUGAAAAUUCUUCCAGCAUUUCAAUCAAGUAGAGUUUAGAUGAAAGAGUAACAAGAGAACAUUUACUGUCAUAUUAGGCUCUGUAAACCAUAGAGGAUACGGAAAAAAGUAAGAAAAUUCUUCCACCAUUAAGUUUGUAUGCGGAUAAAUUAAUACUAAAGGAAAGGCAGAAUUAAUCUAAAGAAAAACUAGAAACCUGUAAAAAUUCUAUAAAUGAAACGUAAGAAUUAAAGACUAUAACAAGUCCAAAAUUGUAGAAGACAGUGGCAAGGAAAAGUAGAGGAUUCAUUCAAGGGGAACACAAGUCAAUUUAUGAGAGUGAACUAAAUGCUCAUAAAAUGGGAAGAACUUCAUCUACUCCAUUAAUGCAGAAAUCAAAGGAAGAUAAAGAAGAACAAGCUACAAGUAGAUCUGGAACUCCUUAAAAAGAAACCCCGAAAAUUAGUCCAAUAAAGCAUCCUUAAAAGAAUUUAACUAAGUAGUUGAGCAUAUAGACACCUUAAUACAAAGUGAUGAAAGAGAAGAAAUUUCAUUCCGGUUUGCAUUUAUCAUAACAAUAAUAACAAUAAUAACAAUAAUAAUAAUAACUAUCAUAAUAAUAAUAAUAAUAAUAAUAAUCAAUCUAAAUUGAUAAAAAAUUUAUUCCAAGAAAAAAAAAAAUGUCAAUUUCCAAUAAUCUAAUAUAGUAGCAGAAUCUCUAAAAAGAGAAACUCACUCUACGUCACACAUCUUAUCGCUGCUUUUUAAAUAAGAUUAAUUUUUCAAAUAAUUAAUGCAUCUCUUCUCCAAGCAAAAUGGAAGUUCCUACCUAUUAUUAUUAUGUAGGUCUUGGAAACAAUGGAACUUUAGUCAAAAAUAUAUUCAGAUAAAGAUGGUGGUGGACAGAGGCAGAGACUUUAGAUACGACAAAAGUAAAUAUGUCAUGGACAUAAUUGAAAUAGAAUAUUUGUAUUGAAUAAUUACAUCCGUAUUGCAUGGACUAGGGAGCUUAGAGUUCUGAAUCUUUUAUCUUGAGUCAUGAGGAAACUAUUGGGGAUACAAGUGAUUCAGACAUAGAUGUAAAAUCAAAAUAGGUAUGCUAAAGUGGUGGGGUGUAAAAACAGUAAAGCUCUUCUUAGCAUUAAUAAAAGAAGCCUCCCAAUUACUUUUCGAUUAAAAGAAUAUUAAAUGCAUAAGAUUUACAGAAAUUGUUAAAUUAUAUGGAGGAUACUAACUGCUAUGAUAGUUCAAUAAUUUUUAGUGAUUGCUCUGAAAAAUUGUUAAAAGAUAUAAAAUAAUAUCACACUGUUCAAAAGCUUGAUGGUUAAAGUCAAAGGAUGCACAAUCAUAUGGAGGACAAUUGGCAUCUGGGUAAUAAAAAAGCUCUCUUCUAUAAUAUGAAACAUUACUUUUAAAUUGUCAAAGAGGAUUAUAACAAAUUGCUUCCUGUAACAUUUCAUGUUCAAAAAGGGUUAAGCGAUAUUGAGUAUUCGAAAUUUUUGGAUUAUUAUAACAAAAGAACUGAAGAACUUCGUGAGCUUGAAAAGAAUAGGGAUAAAAAAGAUAAAAAGAAACCACUUCUAAAUUUAUGGAUAAUUAAACCAGGAGAAUUGACUAAUAGAGGCUAUGGGAUUACGGUUUGUAAUGAUUUAAAUGAAAUUAAUAAGAUAAUAAGUGAAGAAAUUUAAGAAGGCAGAUAAAGAACUUAUAUAGUUCAAUAAUAUAUUGACAAUCCAUUUUUGUAUAAUAAACGAAAAUUCGAUAUUAGAUGUUAUAUGCUACUGACUUCUUAAAAUGGAAUAUUUAAAGGUUAUUGGUAUUAGGAAGGGUAUAUUAGAACUUCAUCCAAAGAAUUUACUACUAAAUGCUUAGAUAGAUUUGUACACCUAACUAAUGAUGCUGUCCAAUCAAAAGAUUAAGACUAUGGUAAACAUGAGCCAGGCAAUAAGAUUUCUUAUUUAGAGUUCUAAAGAUACGUUGAAUGCAAUUAUCCUAAUUCUAAAUUUAAUUUUUUUGUUGACAUCUAUCCAAAAAUGAGAUCUGCUGCCUUGGAUAUGAUGAAAGCUACCUAUGGUAAAAUAGAUCCGCAUAGGAGAAUUAAUAGUUUCGAAUUAUAUGGAUUAGACUUUAUGAUUGAUGAGAAUUUCAAAUUGUGGUUAAUUGAAGCUAAUACCAAUCCCUGUCUUGAGUAGUCUUGUCCUCUUCUUAGUAGAAUAAUACCAACUAUGGUAGAAAAUCUGUUUAGGAUCGCUGUUGAUCCAAUUUUCCCUCCCCCCUUUUUUGAAGAAUGGCCUUUAAAUAAGAAACUAUUUAUUCCUGAUAAUGUGAUUGAGAAUAAUAAAUUUGAGCUUAUUUUCGAUGAAUUGAUAGAAAAGAAAAACAUGCUUAGUUUAUUUCGAGACAAUAAAAUUGAAUAAGAGUGUUUUGAUAUUGAAGAAGAAGAAGAAGAGGAAGAAGAAAUAGAUUGAAUAUAUCUUAUAACUCAAUUUUUAUUAGAUUUAUUUA